UUAUUUUAUGAAAAAAACAGGAUGUUACAAGUUUGUUGUGAUUACAACGAGGUUGGCCCGUGUGAAUUGAUUUUGUUGCAUGAAAAAGAGCGUUGUCCUCUUGCCAUGCCAACUUGGUUUAAAUCAUUCGAAAACAUUAUUUGCCAACGAAUAAGAAACCAAGCCAUUACUUGUGAUCUAUAUUUGGCGCUACUCACCUAAACUAACGGUUGAGCAUUCUCAAUUUGAGGGAAGUGAUCCAUCAUCACUCAACAUUAUUGGGUUGUCACAAAUUAACAAGGCCUUCUCAUGCAUGCAUGCAUCUAUGCAUGUAAUAAUGUAAUGUAAAUGCCACCUUUCUUCUCUUCUUUCCUUCUCCACCCCCUCCCUCCAUCAAAUGCUCUAAGGUUUUAAAUAUCGGUCACCGUGGUUUCAUCGCGAUUGUUGACAUCGUGGCAAAUCGCGGACAAAUGCAGCUCAUGUGGUCGCGUUGAGUUGCUGAUAGUUAAAAAAUCUUGAUAUAGUAGUCCAAAUCACGAUUGUGGAGCUCUCUAAUCUAGGAGGAGGAGGAGGAGGAGGAUCGGUGCAUGCAGGAGAAGAAUUAAUUACAACAUUUGAGUGGCAACCAUGAACGACGCCAAUGAAUGUUGUUGCAAUGAUGAAUAUGGGAAAAUCGUUGUUGGGGUACCCCUAGUUAUCAAUUUCUUUGAUAAGAACAACAACAAUGAUGAGAAGAGUCUCAAGGUCCAAGAGAAGAAGAACCAAGAAGAUCAUGAUUGUGAUCAAGAAGAUGAUGACGAUGAUCUUGAUGCCACAGCUUUGGGAGACGCGGGGGCGCCUAGUCCUGCUGAGAUUAAACUCAAGAUGAAGAAGUCAUUGCUCGAGUUUCGUUGCAAGGUUGAGGAUGCCAUUCUUGGGAACUAUUUGUUAGGAGAACAAGAUCAUGAGAAACUUGCACCACAAGAAAUAGCAGUGGCAAGGGAACAGAUUAGAGAGAUUACUCUCUGGGGUGUCCCUUUGUUGCCAAGCAAGGCUCAUGAGGGCACUGAUGUUGUUUUGAGGAAAUUCUUGAAGGCCAAGGAUUUCAAGGUGAAUGAGGCCUUUGACAUGCUGCAAAAGACACUUGUGUGGCGCCGCGAGAACAACGUUGAUGGGAUCACCGAUGAGGAUUUGGGUUCUGAGUUCGGAAAUAAUGCAGGAUUCUUGUGCGGUAAGGAUAGGGAAGGUCGUCCUGUGUGUUACCAUGCUUGUGAGAUUUUCAAAGACAGGCGUGUUUACAAGAAGACAUUUGGAUCAGAUAACACAUGUGACAAGUAUUUGAGGUGGAGGAUUCAAAUGAUUGAAAAGGCUGUGAAGAAGCUUUGUUUUAGAGAAGGAGGGGUGGAAUCCAUACUUCAGGUUUUUGAUUUGAGGAACACUCCAAUGCAAGGAACCAAGGAGCUCAACUCAGUCAGCAAAAAGGCUCUAAUAUUGUUUCAGAACUACUACCCUGAGAUCAUUCACAAAAAUAUUAUAGUAUAUGCUCCAUUUUGGUUCUACACUUCUCAAGUGCUAUUAUCAGGGUUCAUGAACCAGAGAAAUAAAAAGAAGUUCAUCUUAGCUAGGUCACAGAAGGUCACACAGACACUUCUCAAGUUUAUAGCCCCAGAGCACCUUCCAACUGAAUAUGGUGGUCUAAGGAGGAACAAUGAUGAAGACUUCUCGCCUUAUGAUAAGGUUUCAGAGCUUAAAAUCAAAGGAAGUACGGUUUCUAAAGUUGAAUUUCCAAUCCAACAGCUUGGAGUGACAAUAAUGUGGGAUGUAACUGUGGUGGGAUGGGAUGUGUCCUACAAGGAAGAGUUCAUUCCAGAUGAUGAAGGCUCAUACACUGUACUACUGCAAAACCAAAGUGUAGAUGGUAGCAGCACUAGAAACUCCUUUUACAUCAGUGAACCUGGGAAGAUAGUGAUAACAGUUGAAAAUAGAACCUACAAGAAGAAGAAAAUGUUCUAUAGAUCUACAGCUAGAACCACUGUUCCCAUGUUCUUCUUGUUACAGUAGCAAUUUGAUUUGAAGAUAUUGUACAUUCCUCACUCAGUUACCAACAUGAAAUUGCUUGGCAGAAUAGACCCGUUUUACUCACUGCUAAAGAUUCAAAGGUUUUAGUUCUCGGCUGCUAGAAUUGUUGAUUCUUUGCAUAUCUAUAUGUUUCUAAUGGUUUUUUUAACACUUGGAACUCAAAGCACAUGAAUUUAAUGGAAUAGAAUUGGAUGAUCGUGUAA